UAACUGUUCAGUCGCUGGCGGUAAGUGUGGAGCGGACAAAAAGAAAGGCUGAGCUCGAAAAAUUAAUAUCCCGAUGGCAUUAACAGAGUUCUCGUUUUAAUUUGCUCUUUUUUAUUUAAAUGGGAAUAUAUUAAGUCUUAAAUGAAAUGAAACGUCAUUCUAUCUUCCAUAGCUUCCAAUUUUUUAUGUAGUUUUAAAUGUUCACGGCUGCUAUUUUUUAAUAUUAGUUGACUUUUCUGAACAUUUGUGGCAUGAUGCAGAAAUUACGUUUAAAACGACAAAUAAUAGCGGCCAUUGUUAUGUUCUAUAAAUAUGUUCCUAUUUAUAUGAUCGUUAUUACGUGAUUGCUUUCAGAAUACAUCAGAAUACAGUACUGUAUACUGUACUGUCUAUUAUGUACACAUAUGUAUAUGCGCUUUCACAGUCCUAGGAAGCGUGUCGCUUCAUUGUUGGUCUUAUUUACUACUUGUAAAAUAAUUUAAAACAUUUAGAUGACUCUUGUGCUGUAACAGUUGUAAACCUGUAAAGGAGUCAGCAGCCUACCGACUCGAAAGUAUAAUGAACUGUCCAGAAGAUGUAAUGGACAGUGCAGAAGAUGAAAUUUGGAAUUAUAAAUCAAAACGAAAACUAAAAAGUGGAAACGUCAAAGUCAUUGAAAAAUGUACAUUAGUCCCGAACAGGAAAGAGAAAAAUCCAAAUAUAAUUUCAAAAAAGUAUGGUAAUGUUAGCGUAGCACAGAAAUUAUCUAAAAGUAGAAGUUCCCAAAUUUGUAUUUCUACUUCGUGCAAUAAUCAAGACCAAGUCGAUCCCCAGUCCGCAGAUCGAUGGACCUCACCCAGUGAACCAGGCGAGCAUUCAGCAAAUGUUCAAGAGGAGCAGUCAUUCAGAUCUUCCAAAACAGUUUAUGAAGGUUUUUGUCCCAGCUGCCAGGUGCCAUUUUCGGUUCUUUCGGUUCAGACACCCGAGUGGCAUGUAGCAGAAUGUUUGGAAAAUCCUGUUCAUGAAAAUGUUAACGAAUGCCCAGAUGGUUUAAAGUGCACUUCCACCAAGCCAGAUCAUUUUAGAAGAUACACACAUUUCCAGCUGGCUCAUAGCAGAGCGGCAGGUGACAAAACCAGCUUUGUCUUUGAAAGUCUGCAAGAAAGCUUGGCCUCCACUUCUAGCUGCAGUAUCCAGAGUAUUCAUGAUAGCCCUUUGAAGAAAGAAGCCAUUGUAAAACUUAAUGACACCACCACAAGCAUUAAAUCAAAUGCAUUGCUACUCUUAAGAUCACCUUCUAAAUUAGACAUCAAGAAAAAGGCAAAGAAAAAUUCCUCUCCUAGAGCAUUUAAGAAAAGAACAACCAAACUGGUCGACAAUUGUGAUUUAAUUGGCUCUCAGGGAAGUGGUGUGUCACAGCUAAGCCAAAAUCACAGUCAACCAAAUGAAUCGUCAGGGCCUGAUUGUCACAAUUUACUUAUUAAACCAGCUAAUAGUUCAUUGCUGAAGGAAGAUGACAUCUCAUACUCACCACUUUGCAGUGAUGCUGAAGAGCAAUUAUCAGAGCUAAGCUCAAAAGGGCUGCCCCUUGUCAAAAGCAAUACCGCUACUAUUAAGAAGAAUUUUCUUGACAUUCAAGAUACAAAUUCAACCAGUGACCAACACUGUCAGAUAAGCAACUCUCAAAGUGAUAGCAGUGCUCCAGAUUUAUGGAAUGAAGACUUAAGUGAUGACCUCUUUUUGGACUGUUUUACUCAAUCUCCACUGGAAGGUUUUGAUAGCAGUAAGGCAAUUAACGCUGAUUGUGCUGGUGGCUUCACUCAGUCAGGCCAGACAAAUCCUGCAUCCCAAUAUAAUGAACACAUUAAAGAAGAGGCCUGGCCACCCACGUUUAUUUUACCAGCAAGUGCAUUCCUAACAAGCAGUCCUGUUUGUUCUGAACUGAAAACUAGGAUUGUAGGAAAUUUGUCAUGUGUUAAAAAACAAGCAGUGGGUCAAAUCCCAUCUCCCCAGAGUCUAAUCUUAGAACAAUUAAGGGACCACUUAGGACAACCAAGUGAAAGGAAUAGCAGCUCUGCUUUAGUUGUAAAACAAACUGCAUUACUUGAAAAAUCCAUGGCAGAAAAUGCAGUUUCUGCUAAGUCUUCAUCAAAAAUUUCCAAGAAGCCUUCUAUUUCCGCCAGAGGCCUUAAGCAGACAGACAUUGGAGUUUUCUUUGGGUUAAAACCUCUAAAGGAAAAAGCAACAAAAAUACCUGAGGAAAAUCCUGUUUUAAUAAGUAAGAGUAGUUGUUUGGGAAGCAAGCUAAAACCAAGGAAAAGAAAAUCUUCCACUCAAGAGGAAAAACUUUUAACAACCAAAGAAUACAGGAGCACUGGUUCACAGUCUGUCCAAAAAAAUGAAGGCCAGCCUGACAAAAGGAAGAGGUUUAAGAGAGGAGUCCAAGAAACAGCAGGCAGCGAAGUUGCUGCUCUUGGCAAGCGGUGUCCUUUCUACAAAAAAAUUCCUGGAACUACGUUUGUUGUGGAUGCUUUUCGGUAUGGUGUUAUUGAAGGGUGUACUGGAUACUUCCUAACUCAUUUUCAUUCAGACCACUAUGAUGGUCUCAAGAAGAGUUUCCAGUGUCCUAUUUAUUGUAACAAAAUUACAGGCAAUUUGGUGAAAAGCAAGCUUCGAGUAGAUGAGCAGUAUGUGAACAUCCUGCCUAUGAAUGUGGAAUGCAGUGUGGAUGGAGUCAAGGUUGUACUGCUCGAUGCCAAUCAUUGUCCCGGAGCAGCAAUGCUGCUUUUCCAUUUGCCAAACAGAACAACUGUGUUACACACUGGUGAUUUCAGGGCAGACCCUUCAAUGGAAAAAGACCCUGUGUUAAUGAACACCAAAGUACAAACGCUGUACCUGGAUACGACGUACUGCAGUCCUGAGUACACUUUUCCAGCUCAACAGGAGGCCAUUAAUUUUGCUGCUACAGUUGCUUUUGAAACAUUAACCCUCAACCCAAAAACCCUUGUGGUUUGUGGAACAUACUCUGUCGGGAAAGAGAAGAUAUUCUUGGCGGUGGCAGAUGUUCUAGGAUGUAAAGUUUGCAUGUCUCGGGACAAGUACAACACCAUGCGUUGUCUUGAGUUAGACAGAAUUCAAGAUAAGAUCACGAUGGAUUGGAAUGCCACACAACUGCAUUUGUUGCCAAUGAUGAGAAUCAAUUACAGAGAUCUGUAUACGCAUUUAAAUAAGUUCUCGGGCAAAUAUGACAAAAUCUUGGCAUUUAAACCUACUGGUUGGACAUAUUCUGGUGUAAGUAAUUCAGUGGCAGACAUCAGGCCAGAUGUCAAAGGAAAUAUAACUAUUUAUGGCAUUCCUUACAGUGAACACAGUAGUUACCUGGAAAUGAAGCGCUUUGUUCAGUGGCUGGGGCCAAAAAAAAUCAUUCCAACCGUAAAUGUGGGGAAUUGGAAAGAAAGAAAGGCGAUGGAGAAUAUUUUCAGUGAAUGGAUGCUUGAAGCAGAGAGUAGAUUAAAGAAAUAAAUAAGCACUGCCGAUGGUCUACAGCCUUCAUAUUUAAUCCAGUUACUCAUUCACAGCCCACUGUGCCAAGGUGCAGUUUCAAAAAGCAAGCCGCGACACUUGAAUUUUGGCUUCUGUAACACUUUACAUUAGAUGCGUAGUUUUUUCAGGAAAUUUACUCUCCCAUUUUUUUUUUUUUUUUUUGCUAGUGAAAUACAGAACUUUGUAUUUUCGGUGGGACCUUGCAGUUUUAUUACACUACGAACACCCAAGUUGAGAGCAAAAUUAAUGUUUUGACAGAAACUUUUUGCCCUACUUAGAAUGAUUAUUUUACUAAUAUCCAAAAAUGGAUCUGUCAUUUUAAGAAUUUGUUUGAAAAUGUGUCCAAAUUGAACGUAUUUAAUAAUGUAAACUAUUUUAAAAAGCAAAAUAUCAAUUUCUUUUAAUAAAAUAUGUAUUUAUUUAAAACGGUCACUUUUUAUUUUUGCUUAACAGCAUAUCAAUUGAACAUUUGUCUUGUAUGCAAUGUAUGUUCCUGAUUACCUCUAAUGCUAGAUGAUGGGAUUGGUCUUUGUUUAUUGGGGGCUCAGUGCUCAUCCUGGAGGGCUAGGGUGGCUGCAGACUUUUCUCAAACAUCAUUUUUUGAUUAGAGACCAUAUCAUUUGAUUUAUGUAACCUGUUGUUUUAGAGCCUGUUGUAUCAGAGGGACCUUACAGGCCUAUCUUUUACUUUUCUGAAAUAGACAACAGAAUAAAUUCCUCUUCUGUUUUGUCCAGCUAGUUUGCUUCGAGUAGCCAUUUAAUAGUGUAUUUAACACAGACGGGCACCUGUUUUUUUGACUUAUUAGCCGCUGUUUGUCUCGUUACAUUUGCAUAUAUUUGAAUUGCCCUUUGGGUAGUAAAAAAAAAAAAAACACUUCUUGACAAUGAAGCAAAUAAUCAAAAUGAAACAAAAGGGUGUUAGAAUCAGAGAUUUUUAGGCAUGAAAAACAACAGCAGUAGGAUGUUUUUCUGAAUGUCAAAGGAGAGUAAAAGUUACAUUAUUUGAGUAAACCUCUAUCUAUCCAUCCAUUAUCCAACCCGCUAUAUCCUAACUACAGGGGCACGGGGGGUCUGCUGGAGCCAAUCCCAGCCAACACAGGGUGCAAGGCAGGAAACAAACCCCGGGCAGGAGUUUGAAAAGACAUAAUGGUUCAAACAAUACUAAAACGUCUGUAAACUCGGAGACAACAAACCAAAUUAGAACUGAAAUUACAAUUAGUUACAAACACCACAGUAUGUAUAAAAAGUAGAAGAACAAAAGGCAUUUUGAGCUUUGUCACUGGGUGGCUUGUUCUCAUUAUGACUGUUCUAAUAAUUGGAGAGUUUAGCUGAAGAGCCCAUUUUUAAGACUGAGCCUUAACAAGAAUGCACUAAAAUAUUUGAAACAUUGCGGUUGAGGUUUGUUAAAUAGAUGUUUGUAAGAUGACUUUUUUUUUUUUUAAAACUGUAGACAGGGCUUCUUUAUACAAACAUUUUGAAUUCAUUUUUGCACUUCACUUGUUUUCUUUGGUCUUGUUGCCCAACAACUUCAAAGAAUAAAUUGCUCUGUUUGAUAAAACUAAGCAAUUGUACAAAUAUUUGGCUAGCUACCCACACUCUGAUAGCUUUAAAAUCACACAGGACUUUUUAUUGAAACCUUCUGUUCAUCAGGCUAGACCACAUAAUACCUUUUGUAUUUUAAUCGGUAUAGUCUUCAAAAAACAUCUACAUGUAAGAGAUGCAUCCUUUGAUAUUCUGUGUGGUUAUAAAGAAUAUUCACUUUAGCAAUUCAAUCUAGGUAUGUCUGAUGUGAUAGACGGUCAGCAGCUCAAUCCGGCCGGGACGUCCCAGAAUGGGAAGAGUGGAGAAGGGCAGCUUUUCCAGGAAAUUGCCUCCCCCAGGACGCUAGGUGGCAGUUCCCCUGGAUGGUAACUGUUCCCCAAAUUCCCUCGGAGCAUCAUGGGACAUGGAUUCCAUUUUCUCAGCCCUGUUGGGUGCUGUGGGUCCUGCCAUGGGGAACUCAUAAAGGACCUGGGGACUCCUAUUUUUUCCUACAACCCGUAGAAAAUCCUACAAUCCCAGUAUUUCCGGGAUGUUUGAGGACUGAUGAUGUGGUGUUUGACCCGGAAGAAGAGAAGGAACACUUCCGGGUCAAGGAAUAUAAAAAGGACUGUUCGAGACCCAGCAAGCGG